UAUGGUUUGACGGAGACAGCGGCAGCAGCUACUCUAAUGGAGUGCGGUGAUUUACGAGGACACCACGUAGGCGCGCCGAUUCCCAGCGUGCAGAUUCGCCUACGUCCCUGGUUGGAGGGCGGCUACUCUCCCUACGACAAGCCCUUCCCACGAGGAGAGAUUCUCAUUUCUGGUGGUAGUGUAGCUCGCGGCUAUUACAAGAAUCCUGAGGCCACAGCGGAGGCCUUCUACACUGACAGCAAGGGUCUUCGAUGGUUCUGUACUGGUGACAUCGGCAUGAUUCACCAAGACGGCAGUUUCUCAAUCAUCGAUCGUAAGAAGGAUCUAGUUAAGCUACAAGCGGGCGAGUAUGUCUCCUUGGUGAAAGUUGAAUUGGCCUUGGGCCAGUCGAUAUAUGUGGAUAACAUAUGUGUCUACGCUGAUUCUCGGGAGAACUUCACCAUCUGUUUUGUCUCUCCCAAACUCUCUGCCAUUCGCAAAUUGGGCGCUGAGUUGAAUCUUAUGGAAGCUGCUGCUGAAUCCGCCAAUACUACUCUGCCUCCGGAAAAACGUGAAGACAGCUCGGCUCGUUCAUUAGUUGAGCAUGCCUUCCUUUGCAAACAACCUCAGGUUAUUUUCCUCCCUUUUCAUGAUUUGUCUAUGGCGUGA